UACCAAACUUCCUUCAUCCUCCAAUAUAAUAUAGUAGAUAUUUAUCAACUUUUCUUCCUUACAAAUUUAUUGGCUUCUCGUUAAUUUUAUAUAAGCACAUAUAGUAAUUAUAUAAUUUUUAUUUUCAAUUUUUAUUCCCAACCAGACCUGGCAAAAAAAAAAAAAACACGCCAUUGAUGUUAGUUAUCUACAAAAUACUAUAAGGCAAUGUCAAAAAACAGUCUUUGCCACGUCAGCCGCUGCUCAAACGGCCGCACAAUUCAGAAAGCCUUUAUGGACAUUUCCCAUCCAUCUCUCCCUCGCUCGCUGUCUUCCCAUAUUCUGCGAUUUAUUUUUUUUUUUUCCCCGGAGAAACCAGAAAAAGCGAUUUCUCUCUCACCUCUAUGGAUACUCUCUCGCCGCCUUUGUUCAGCUCACAAACACUCCGACAUUCCUCUUUGACACACCUAAUCUGAAUUAAAAAUUCUUCACAGUAGGCCUCUCUGUUCUUCCUCAAUCUUCGUGUAUUUGCUUUCAAAUUUGGUCUGGCUUGCAAUCCCCCAGAAAAAAUCCCAACUCCUCUUUGUCUCAUCGUCUUCCUUUAGCUGCCUCUGCUGACAACAGGCCAGACGUUCCUUUUGCCACACUGCAUCUGAAUUUGAAAUCCCCCACAGUAGGCCUCUCUGUUCUUCUCGAUUGUAGUUUUGUUUGUAGCCAUCUGUUGUCUUGCAAGCCCAUAGAAAAUGUCCUGACUCCUCUCCGCCUCGCCUUAUGUGAGAUGUGCCCUCCUCUUUUGCGUUUUCAAUGGCAAAUCUAUCCAUUAGCUAAUUAACCAGUUCCAACCAUUUAUCGAGAAAUCAAAAUCAUAUUCGGUCAAUACAAUCUAGAAGCUAGGUGAGAUAUUUGGGAGAAGAAAAAUCUGGAAUUAUUCGGAAGAGGAAGAACCCAGAAUGUUGAAAGAGGGAGGAGCUAGAAGAAGAAGUCUCUAGAGAAGGAAGAAAGAAAGCAAUAAAAUUUUUAUUUAGAUUUUUUCUUGGUUAUAUCGGUUUAGUAUUAUAAAAAGGGGUCUUGGGUUUGUGACGUGUUGUAAGUAGCGGAGUGAGCAACAAAAGGAUUAGAGAAGUGAUAGGAAAGUUAGAAAAGAGAGGGAAGAAAGACAGAGACGUGAGAAUUGAGGGUAGGUGAGAAGAUUGAGUAUGGUGAGAGGAGUGUGAACUUGAGAGAGUGGCUAUGGUGUGGUGAGGUUUAUUGUAGUGAAUGUGAGCUUAAAUUGUAAAUUUACAAGUUGGUUUGUAAAGUUUGUUAGAAUUAUAAUUUUAGUCAUCACACUUUGUAAGUACUAUUUCAAAGCAUACGUGACCCAGUAAAACUCUACAUCAUUUGUGCUUAGUCUUCCGACAAUUCCAUAUUGCAUCAAUUCCCUUCGUAAAAUUAGUCCUACUUUUGCAUUUUAUAUGGGAUUAAGAGACAAUUUCUCGGUGGGUUUUCCUGAUUGCAACAAUGUUGUCGAAGCGUCUCCAUGGUUAAACUUUCUGCAGAUCCUCCAUUCAAUUCUAACUCUGCUACUACUCGAUUUAAAAUACUCAUUUUGUUCUUAGUUUUGUUGUUGUCCUGUGAUUGGACGUCAUAUACGUAAGGAAAUUAUAGCUUAUUUGAUUUGUAUUCCCUUCUAUCUUUUGUUAGGGAAAGGAAGGGAAAUCAAUCUGUGUCUCACUUGAAGGUUCCUAUCACACUUGAAGGUCCGAUAGUAGUUGAAGUUGACAUGGAGAGGGUGUGUUUUGAGGGUGAUAGGUGAAAUUGAAUAUUGUUUUUAUUGAUUUGAAGUUACCAUUUUUCUUAGUUGUCUACGUCUUAUUAAUAGUUAUUGACAAGUUGAAGCCCGCAUCACUUGCGUGGAUCGCUAUAUUGCGACUUUAGCUAGGAUGAGAAGAAAGUUCCUAUUGGUGGUACGAUGGAUGUAUCAAGUACGUUUUGUUUUAGUCUCCGGUAUGUCACUCUUUGCCUUUUACUUAUCUUUAGCUGUUUGAAAUUUGCUUACAUGAGUUGUACAUCAUCAGUGAUUCAUCAAACGGCUUUGUGGAGAACUUUUAUGAUAUUUUUCUACAGAUACUUAUGAUUUUGCUUGAAUUCUACAACUGGGAUUUUCUUACGAAUAAGUUCUAAUUUACCUAUUAACAAUUUUUUGUGUUAAACUAAAAAAAUUGUUUACGGUUGAAGGGAAUGUGAUUCAAGUACGUCCUAAUUGGUGCUACAUGGGGUAUGUUGUAUGCCCUCACAAGGUGGAAUGAGAUUUGGAAGAGUGCUUUUUGUGGACACUGUAAGAUGACUUCUUCCAUUGCUAAAGCCAAGUAAGCUUAUAAGCUGAUUCUUGCUUUGUACAUUUUGUAAUCUGCACAGUUUGUUCUUUCAUUUUUAUAGGAAAGUAGGAUUUGGCUGCACGUUAUGGAUGAUGCAUAUAAAUUUAUGACAUUAUUGAAUUUUGUUUCAUUUUCACCAUAGGUUUAGAGUCAAACUCCAAUUGCAAGAUGAUACGGAAGAAGCUUAUUUUCCAUUUAGAGCUUGAAGAUUUGCGCUUUUUUCGGAGUGAUGGCUGAUGUGUUAUUUCAUUUAAAUCAGAGGAAGAAAGAACUCAUUCCGUCUCAUAUCCAACAAAUUGUUAACAUGACACUCAAACUUCAUUUUAAACUUACUCAGUUCAACUUCUUGAACCCACAAGCUGAGUAUAAGUGGUUAGCAUUGACCACGAUCCACUUUAGGUAGGUGAUGAACACUUCAGCUGCACAUAAUUUCAGUUUACCUAAAGGAUUCAAAAUUAUAUUCGUGUUUUACAACUCUAUUAUUAAUGUAAUUUGAUUGCAGCAACUGAUUGUGACCCCAAGUCUUGUGGACAUUGGAGGAACAACCUUUUUCGGGCAAAAAAGAAAACAUGUUGACGACUGUGACCUUGAGGAGGAAUAGUAUUGUGUGGAAACUUUGUGUAGUUAAGAGCCACAAUGUGAAGCUUCUAAUCAAUAUUAUGUUUUCAUUUAUGGGAUAUUCGGUAAUCUAAUUUCUUUCAGGUUGAUAUUGGAACUCUGUUUCUAGGUUUUCCUUAUGGAUUUUCUCCUUUUGUUCAAUUACAAUUAUGGAAUACAGUAGUGUUCUUCGACUACAAUCUUUUCUUAAAUGUUGGAUAAUUUUUCCCUUAUGAAUUGUCUUCUUUUGUUUUUCAAGUUUGGUUUAGCAGUGCCAAAUCAAUCUCAAGUUAAGUCGAGUCUCAAUGUAGAUCUGUAUGCCAUGAAUGAAAGCUCAUGAGAAGGUUAGCUGCAUUUGUUUUGACAAUUUGAUUGUUAGUGUUUUUUCCCUUCUUACUACCCUAAUGAAGUUGGUGUUGACUUUGCUUGUUGCAAUUGCAAGGUAUGAAAGAGCAUUUUCAGUUAUGAAGAGAUAAAGGUUCCGUCCACGACUUUUUCAGAAUAAAUGAUUGUGAUAUUUUUCACUAUUAUUUUAAUAAAAUACUAUUAUAAUUAAUAAGAUAGACAAUUCAGAUAUUAUUAUGAUAUAUAUAAAAAUAACAUGUCUGCCCAAAAGGCAGGGUGUAAGCUAGUUAAUAGUAUGUUUAUGGAUUGCUUAGUCUUCUCAUGUUUCAGUUUUUUGUUUUAGUUUGAUUGUGCGCUAAUUAGGUUAGCAUGUUGAAAAUUAUAAGAAUAUGAUAUUGCCAAUAACUAAAUGAUUUGAAAUUUUUUAUGGUAGGUAGUAAAAUAUUAAAUAUGUCUUGCUUCAUACAAUUACUAUGGUCAUUUAUACUGCUAUUGAAAUUCAUCCAACCAACAAGCGGGCCUGAAUCUAGUUAGAGCAUACGGUGUAUAGUUAAAAUCAGUAUAGCAAUUUCUGAAAUCACUAUCCAAAGUCCAUUAUUUGGCUAGAACUACUUAUCUUCGGGGAAAGGAACCGACUCCCUCCUCCUCUUCAGUCUUCCCAUGGCGGCGUGGGCGUCCUCCAUCUUCUCUCUGUGGCCACCUUGUUCAUUCCUCUUCCUAAAAUAGGUUCCCUUUCUCCGCAAAUGGCAAGCGGCAGGAAGUGAGUCUAUUUUAGGAAGAGAAUGAACACUGUGUCUUCUUGGGUCUCUUCGGCUCUUCCUCUAUCCCAUCUGGAGCGCGCGCGCGAUGUUGUUUCUCUUUCUGGAGCCUCGGAGCGUUAUCAGUACUCAAACGCAACCCAUUGUGACUGAGAAGCCUGCCUUGUGCCAUUCAAAGAAAGGUAGCUUCACUCGUCAAUUGUUCCCUCAAAUCCAAUUGGAGGUUAUCAUGAACCAUGUCUCGGUGAUUAGCGAAAGUUGCUUAUCUUAAAUCUAGAUCUGUUGCCUUCUCUCUGUUCCGUUGUUCGCUGUACUGAGCAAUUGCAUACUCUUUUUUUGCUCCCUGUUUCGUGGCCCAUCGAUUGUAUUUCUGGCUUGCUAGAUGGGGAAGAAAGCGUUUAAUGGCGAAGAACAAUUUAUAUGCAUAGAUGCCUACAAUUGGGAUUGGAGGAUAGUUGACGCUGAAUGGCCUGAAAUGAAAAGCAUUCUGGGUAUCGCCUCCUUUUCCCCGCAUAAAUGCGAGAUCUUCAUGCGGAGAACUGUGCAAGGAAGUGGUUAAUUACCAUACAUGGGCCUGUAUAAGAUUCAGCAUAACCUUCUCCCAACAACUUGAGUUAUUGGGAUCAACUGAUUAUUAACAAACGGAUUCAUUUGCUAUUUAUUCCCUACUGCCACUAUCGUAAGAUGUUUCUCAUUGUCUGUUGCUUUAUGUGAUGAAUUUGCUUGUUACCUUACGAAUUCGGUGGAAGACUACAACUGAGCUUAUGUAUUAGAACUUCAUGAUAAGAUGGCCAAUUAACAUAUGAUCAUGCCUGCCAAUGAUAUAAGCACUUGAUCUACUGAUUUUGCAUUGUGGCUUGUUUGACAGAUUGACCCAGAACAUCAUCUGGAAAUGGUUGAUAAAUAAAGCUCCAACCUGACGUACAGAAGCUCAUAGGAUUGUCUGUGCUUGAUUUUGCAUGGUACAAGUAGCUUGUGCUUAAUAUCGACAAGAGUUUGGAUGGACAGGAAAGCACAGGGGUCUGUCUGUUUGUUCUUAGUUUUCACCACUUACCUGGUUUCUGUUCUGCUUGGCUAUGGGCACAAUCAUCCUCCUCCUUUUGGGCAUCGCCUAGAUCUAUUCUUCCAUUAAUUGAUGAUUGUUGUUUCCUCACUCGUAUAUCUCUGAUGACUCUUUGCACAGCUUCUAAGAACUUUUUCAGCGUGGGUCUCCUGUGCUGACCUUCCGUAGUCCCUUCUGCUCUUCUCUCAGGGCCAAUUUCAUCGGCCGGGGAUGGUUCAUCGUCCCCCUGCUGGUUGCCAUACUUCUGAAGUUUAGUGUACUUCAUGGGGUAAUUCAUUUGCUGCAAACUCCUCGAGUAUAUUGAAAAGGGGAACUUUCUCAAACAUUUUAUAGUAAUGUUUAGCAGAUAAUAAUACAUGGAUUAGGAUCAUAAAUUUAUAUUAUUCUUAUUAGGAGUAGGACGGCGUAGAAGGUAAGUUCAGAGAUGCAAUUUAUUAAUGAUGUUUGGAAGACGACGCAUUUUAGAUGUUAUGUACUGAUGCUGGAACCAGGUGGCCCUUAUUUUGGAGUCGUUUAUAUUCAGCAAAUCAAAGGGCAUUAUUAAGCUGGCUGCAUUAUAUCGAUCAAAGACACUUCUUUUCCCUGUGUCUUAUGACAGACUUCAAAAUCAAAUUUACAUUCCAAGAAAGAUGAAGCAGUUGCAAUGGGAGCAUAUAUUGCACGGAGCUUUAGAUUGACUUUAUUUGUUUUUGUUAUUCAGGCCCGGUUGGGUUAGUUUGGCUUCAUGGGAAACUUGAAGAGUGGCCUUAUGGGGGCAGUCAAUGUUUCAGAAAUACAAGACUAAUGAUUCGAUUUGCAGGUAUCAGAGCGGCUUUACAGUUUGUUUGUCAAAGCUGUUCCCCAAAAGCUUCAGAAACUCGUUGAAAUCCACCAACCCAUCUCCAUUCUCAUCAUAUGAUGUGAUCAUCUCUUUGCAGUUUGCUUCCGAAGCAUGACUGUGGCAGCACCAAAGCCUGGAAAGCACUGUCCUCAACUCCUUCGCAUCAAUGAACCCAUCAUCAUUUCCAUCAAACACAUUAAAUGCCGCUUUAGCCUCCUCAAGGCUAGGUUCCAGCUCCUCGAACAUGUCUGUGAUCUCAUUGGCUCUCAGCUUACGAGCCUGAUGCUGCUGGUCGUCAUUAAGUACUGGGAUCGGGUGAAGGUUUCUGGGCAAAAUUGCUAGUGGUCCUGGAAGGUUGUACAGGGGUUAGUUGAUGUAUUUCUCGGGCCUGGAAUUGACCCCAAAACAUCUGAAGCGACAAAGCUAUAUUCAGCACAGAAUGGGUUAGAUGUAAAAGAGUGAUGCAAAGAAUGAUGCAGUCAAUGACAAACAUGAGAAGCAAGGCUUGGGUUUGUGGAGAAGUGGAGUUCAGUGAUGCGGCUGUUGCUGCUACUGCUGCUCUCUCCAUUUCGAGGGAAGGGAGAAACUAUAUACAGACUUGACGAAAAUUAGUAGGAGUGACAAGAGUUGGAAUAUGACGACUUCCAGUGUGGCCCUAUAUAUAGGACUAGGGAGCGAGCUGUCUUGAAGAUGAAGAAAUGAGCGUAGACUCAAAAUGAAUUAUGUGCAGGUUUCCUCUGAUAGCAAUGGUGCUCUUUAGCUGAUUUGGGUGUGUGGAAACUGGAAAGGAAUGGUAGGUGCCAGGAAACGAUUGAAUGGGUCAGGAAUAAAGAAUGACUGGGAAG